GACCUAUAGAUACAUGGGCCCACAGAACAUUGAUUGCUCUACACUGGCUCUUCAACCACACCACCUCUUUGCCUAAAUGCUGUGACCAUCUUUGCCAUGAGGGAGAUAUAGUUUGGCUGGUGUAGUGUGCCUUCAUUAUAUAUUGGAGAUGUGCAUGUAGUAUUGGCCCCAGGCUGUAGUGCUGUACAAACACAUUACAAGUAGAAUCAAUUGUACGGUUCCAUGUGUGCAGCAUCCCUGCUACAAUUUGCUGCACGGGGGCCGUAAUCAACUUUGCAGUUUUUCGGAGACAGACAUUAUAGAAAGCCCCAGUGGUACAUACAGCUGUGGUGGGAAGGGUGCUGUUACCAGUGAUCUGUAGGAAUGUUUACAGAUGUUAAAUGUCCCGGUGUCUGUCAGCUGGCGCGCCACUGACUCCUGUGGUAACGGAACCCCCAACCAUCCAGUUACUGUUUACUCCUGGCACCAUUGUUAUUUUAUAGCUUAAACACACAAAUCUCUUGACAACUCAUUGAAAGGUAGACGGAGGAACCCCUGUGCCUAGUGAACCUAAACUUUCACUUAAACACUGGUGUAUGAAGUUUCUCAAGAUUGUACAUUGUAUGGAGCAAACUCCAUCCCACACUGGUCCAUCUUAACCUGUAGUAGUUCAAUCCCAAGGUCAUCAGAGGUCAAUUAACCUUGUCAUUGUCCUGAUAGCUGGGUUAUCAUGGAUACAGCCCACACCCAGGGUUCUGACAGUGGUCAAGGGAUCGCCAAUCAGGGAGUGGAUAUUGAAGACUACCUACAUCCUCAAGGUCAAGACGUAGUGAAAAUGACCUCUGUCCAUCCUAACAAGCCAAGUACAGUGCCUGGUCUCCGAUACACAAAGAACACGAAGGCCAACAGAUUUGACUCAGGUGUGGCUGACCUUGAUGAUAUACAUGUAUCACCAGACCACCGGCAAACUGCAAAUGGCAAACAGCGCCCUUCCAGUACAGCAAAGAAUUAUGACUAUGCUGACUACGGGGGUCAUCAAUAUGAAGAACUCCCUCAUCCAAAGGCUGCAGCAGGCAGACAGACCUCUCCAGAAUCCUGCUCUGAGUACCAGUCAUCAGCAGGGACAGUCACUGCUGAAACCCCUUCUGAGUCUGGGGACACAGCAGCUAUUGUACGCAAUUCAGAUCAAAGGAAGCGCUACAACCCUCUAUACGAUACCAUGGUCGGCUCCUCUCCCAACAUUUACAACAAGGUCAAGGCCGCACAGCCGAACAAUGUUGUACAAGAAAGGCUGAGAAUGCUAAAGAUUAUCGUCAUUUUCCUCAUCCUCAUCUCCUGUCUCUCCCUCGCCAUCAGCCUCUAUAUCGUCAUUGUCUAUGCAGCAGGUCCGCUUACGAUACAAAGUCUACAAAAGGAAUUAAACAGCCUUCAUAAUAAUUACUCCGAUCUUAAUCAGAAGUUACAUUUCCUGGAGACCAUGAUGACCGGCAAUAUGUCAUUAGAAUAUUUGGAGGAGCUUGGUCAGCGUGUGUCUGAACUGAAGACAGAUACGUCAACAAAGAUACUCUCAUUAGAACAGAAUUUGCAGGAAACUAAAGAGUUGCUUCAACACAACCAGAAAAUUAUAGACAAUGUUUACGGAAAUGCCUCCCUGCAGAUCAACGCUACACAACACCAACUUUUAGCAUUCCAAUCAAACUUCACGUCCCAUUUAACAAUUAUACAGAGUGAUUUUGAAGACAAACUCAGCAUAAUUUCAAAAAUGCCAGGUCCACAGGGUCCCCCCGGUGUCGGAAACCUAUCAGCCUGUUAUAUGAGGGACUUUGAUUCCAGUUCCUCGUCCCAGACUAUUCAAACAGAUACACAGUGGGAGCCAGACAACAAUGUGCUAAAGGCAAACGUGGUGAUGUUUGUAAUGUGUGGGGUCAGAAAUGGUGUUGACCGUUACUUGGAGGUGCGGGAAUCCAGCGCAGGCGCUAACAAGUUCCAGUACCGGUGUUUGUGUUCAGGGAAAACCUCAACUUCCACCACCAGGACCUGUAUAACACAUUUCUGGCUCUGCCCCCGGGAGAGUUUUGGGGGCAGUUGAAGCGGUACGGAGUGGUCAGACAAUACCGGUUGAGAUUCGUGUAGAUAUAUUGUGCCAAAUAUAGGUACAUGUACUAUACACCCACAUGUGUCUGCGUACAGGUGCUGAAUUUGACACUGUGGCUGCUUACACUGUGCAAAAAACCUGGAUAGAUAUUCCUGUGUGUCUGCAUUAAAACAAGCUCAUAAACACAACUAAGACAAUGUCGGGUUACAGAGAUUAACCUGUCCAGUCUGAGGAUACAAGGAUUUAACUUGUCUAGUGCUACAUGUAUCUUGUCGCUACUAAGGACCAGGGCUGGGUACCUGAGGAUUGUGAGUGUCCAAUGUGAGGAAACAAGGGUUAAAUCUGGUCAAUACUACGACUACUACCUUACAACUGAGGACCAAGCAAGGUUGCCAGGAUUAUAUCUGUCAAGUACUGCAUUUAAGUGACAACUUAGGACUGAGCAAUAUUAUUGGGAUUAAAAUACCCAGUGCUGCCUGUAAGUUACAACUUAAGGCCAUGAACAUGAUUAAACCUGCCAUUUGCUGCCUUACAACUAAUGACUCUGGAUUCCAGGCCUAUAUACCUGUCUAACUAAGGACACUAGACCCAGGAUAAACCCAGUCCAGUACUAUCUAAUAGCUACACACACAGCAGGCUGUGUCAGCAACAGUAUAGUUCCAACUCAAAUUGAAAAGAACAUGUUCUCUNAU